AUGGCUAGCCAUGUCGCCGCGACUCUGCCGCCGCUGCUGCCUACCCCGGCGCGCUACCACCUCCUGACGCCUCCUCCGGCGGUGUACACGGCUCGUGUGGAGCUGGACAGCAAGAAGCAGCAGCCUGGACGUGCCUCGAUGAGCCGAAGCUGGAUCAAGGACAAGGCCGACCUUCCUGGACGUGGUUCCCGGAGCUCCAGCUGGGUCACUGACAAGACGCUCCGCCGUACCGAGACUCUGAACGGCGGCGUCGAGCGCCUCGGCCGCGGGGAGAUGCCGAGGGAGAACUGGAAGAGGCUGGCGAGCCGUGCGCCAUCCGUCGACCGCUGCGAGAAGAAGUCGAGGCCUCCCACUGAGAUGGUGGCAGCCUCGGAGGCAUCACUCCUCGCCGGCCCUGCCCCGUCUAUCGGCCGGUUCGAGAACAAGGCGACGGCUAUGACUGAGCGGCCCGAGAAGAAGCCGAAGCCUCUGGCCAUGAUGGAGGUGGACUCGGAGGCAUCCUUCUUCGUUGGCCCGACAUUCAUGGUGUCGCCAGACCCGAGCGAGCUGCCCAUGCCGACCUUCAUCAUGUCGCCGGACCCGAGCGAGCUGCCCAUGCCAACCUUCCUCUGCAAGCACAAGGUGGCUAAAGUGUUAGCUAGAUUAGUCGCUCUGAUGCUCAUUGAUCAGCAAGAUUGA